AUGGGCUCCUCUCAGUCUAUUGUUACAGCGCUAGAAACAGUGUUAAAGCAACGAGACAUAAAAGUUGCCAAUCGGACACUUAAAAAUUUUGUCAAAGAAAUUGAUCGGGUGGCUCCCUGGUAUGUUUGCUCUGGGUCCUUGACUCUUGCCUCAUGGAAUAAAUUGGGUAAAGAUCUUGAUAAAAAACUGGCAGAAGGGGACUUGAGACAGGGGACAAGGGCCAUUUGGAAACUUGUUAAGAACUGUUUAGAGGAUGAAGCCUGUCGGGCUGUUGUAGCGGAGGGACGAAAUGUCCUUGAAGAAGUCCAGGAUAGCAUGUCAGAAACUGAGCGUAGUGAAAGGUUGGGCGCGCGCAAGAAAAAACCAGUCCCAAUUAAGGAAAAUGGCCCCCCGGGUGAGUCUAAUGACAAGGGGGUGUAUGCAUCGGACCCUAGAGGUCCCUCACCUGUUGUAAGAAAAAAAGGGGGUACUAGUCUAUAUCCUUCACAAGAGCUUGAAGCUUUAAUUGCCGAUAGCUCCGAUGAUUCUAAAAGUUCAGAAGAAGAAGACUUAGACCCUGAGGAAGAAGCUGAACUAGAGGAGGAAGCGGCCAGAUAUGAGGAGGAGAGGUAUCAUCCUGAUGAUCACUUGCGGAGUAACAGAGAGCCCCAAAAGCGGCAGCCUUAUGCAGCCUCCCCGCAGGUAGUCCUUUCGGCGCCCCCUCCUUAUGAAAUGCGCCCGAAGUCCUUCUCCUUCCUCCCAGAGAAAGUAAAAAGAAAACUACGCCUUGCUUAUCCUGUUUUUGAAGGUGCAGAGGGAGGACGGGUGCAUGCACCCAUAGAGUAUAAUCAACUCAAAGAAUUGGCAGAGUCGGUCAGAAAAUAUGGAGCAACAGCCAACUUUACUCUAGCACAAUUGGACAGGCUGGCCAUGGCCGCCAUGACCCCAGCUGACUGGCAGACGGUGGUGAAAGCAUCGCUUGUCAGCAUGGGCCAAUAUUUGGAAUGGAAAGCUCUCUGGCAUGAAGCUGCACAGGAGCAAGCCAGGGCCAAUGCUAUGGCUCUGACUCCGGAACAGCAACAAUGGACGUUCGACCUCCUGACAGGUCAAGGGCGUUUUGCAGCUAAUCAAACAGAUUAUCCCUGGGGUGCAUAUCGGCAAAUCGCUGAUACGGCCGUUAGGGCCUGGAAGGCACUCUCCAAAAAGGGGGAAGUGAAUAAUCAGCUCACUAAGAUUGUUCAAGGGACCCAGGAGCCUUUUUCAGACUUUGUGGCGCGAAUGACGGAGGCAGCAGGGCACAUCUUUGGUGAUCCUGAAACAGCCGCGCCUCUUACUGAACAGCUUAUCUUUGAGAACGCCACUCAGGAAUAUCGCGUGGCCAUAGCCCCAAGAAAGAAUAAAGGACUACAAGAUUGGCUCAGGAUUUGUAGAGAACUUGGUGGUCCCCUUACUAAUGCAGGAUUGGCUGCUGCCAUUUUACAGUCUCAAAAGCGCCCCCUUAAAGGGCCUGACAAAAGAGUUUGCUUUAAAUGUGGAAAGCCGGGGCAUUUAAAAAAGGACUAUAGAGCAUCAGAAAGAGAAAGGGCUCCACCUACCCUCUGUACCUGCUGUGGCAAGGGCUACCACAAAGCUGAGCUAUGUCGCUCAGUAAGGGAUAUAAAGGGCAGAGUUCUCCCUCCUAUGGAGACAUUUGUGAAUGAGAAUCCAAAAAACGGGGCAGCGGGCCCUCGAUCCCAGGGCCCACAAAAAUAUGGGAACAGGUUUAUCAAGGCAACAGACGAGGCCCCCCCAGAGACGGAACAAGAGUGGACUUGUGCGCCUCCUCCGACUUCUUACUAA